AUGCCAAAGCCGGUGUUGAGCAUUGCCAUCUACCCAGGCUACGCAGAGGCUCCAGGCCGGCGAGUGGUUUGCUGCGGUGGACAGGACGGGCGCCUUGUGCUGAGCCGCCGUGGUGCACUUGAAGCAAAGCAUGCGACGCUUCACUUGGGCGAAGGACCUAUAAGCUGCGUUCGUUGGCGGGGACCCUUGGUGGCAUGGGCCACAGCCAAGAGCGUGAAGCUGGUGGAUGUGGACACUCAUCAGAAGGUAGGAUUCAUUCCGUGCUCAUCAGCCCAGACUGGCGGGGGCCACCUCUGUUGGCUCAGUGACACAGCCCUUCUUAUUGGCUGGGAUCAGGAGGUGCUCUUAGUGGAGCUGCGACAAAUGGGUGAUGGUGUGGCAGUGCACUUUGCGGAGGUUCUGCGGAAGAUGCCUGUUCCUGGCGAGCUAGUGAGGCAACUGGCACAGCUGGACAGUGCCUUGACACCUUGCCCCACAGCCUUGAUGGCUGCUCUGGCACGAUGGCCUAGACGUGCCAAGCCAACUGCUGCGCUCAUGGCCAAUUUGCAGCGGGCGCUUCGCCCUGGGGAGAAAAGCCUUGAAGGAUGUCUUAGCUGGGAGCCACAGGGUGAUGAGCCAGAGGAACAGGCUGCAGAAGUCCUCGCUUCUUUGCACGAGACACGAGGUGAUGUGGAAACUGCGGCACGGCUCCUGGCACGAGCCAAGAGCCCUCGAGUCUUUCCCUUGCUGAAGAAGCACCUGCCUGCAGGCCACUUUUCUGGAGCCGCUGCAGCGCUCCCACAGCUGGUUGCCUUGGAUACAGCUGAGGCGAUUCGCCUAGCAGCUGAGUUUCCUAGCACUUUCCCACCUGCGGAUGUGCUUGCAGCACUGGUGCCGCUUGGAGAGUGUUGGGAGCUGCGAUAUUUGAGGAUCCUGUCAGAGACCGCUCCCGAUGUCGCAAACUUGGGACGGCUGGUGGAAUUGAUGGCAGCCUUGCAGCCCCACCGCCUUGCGUCGCUGCUAGACAAGCUUUUGCAGGAGCAAGCAGUUGGUGCACAGGAAGCCUUGGAGGUCAGCUGGGCAGCAGGCGCGCUUGAUGCUUCAGCUGUUGCAGUGGCAGCGUUGGGUCACACCCGAGAGGCCUUCGAUCUGCUGCUGCAGCAGGGGCUUUCCAAAGCUCUGGAGUUGGAAGGGAAGGCACAAGGAGAUGCCUUCGAGCUAAAGGAGCAUCUCUUGACUCUGGCAGCGCAAGAUGCUCACAUCUGCGGAAGGCUCUUGAACGAGAACGACUUGCCCAUCAAGGCAGUUGAGAUCUUCCGAUCGAUACCACCAGGCCUUGCAGUGCCAGGCAUUAGUGUCUUGGCACUGAAGGCACUGCAGCGAGCAGAAAGCGUUCGGACGCCCGGCUUGACCAGCUUGUGUGAGCACGAAGACAUGGAUGAGACAAGCCCAAAACAUGUCUAG